AUGGUGUCAAGAAAAUUCUGGUUUUAGAUAUCUAUUCAUAAGAAAUAAUUUCUCAAAGAGCUUAUUCUUAAACAAUUUGCAGAGAUAGAAAAAAUCUGGGAUUCACCAAAACAUAAAGAAUGUAAACAAAGAUAGAGUUAUUCUUCAAGUGUAAUCAAAUUUAAAUUUGAUCCAGUAGGUUUAAAAAAGUUACAGUGAUUUAAAGAUUAUGAUAUUAUUAAAAGCUAUUCAAUUGCCUUAAUUCUGAAAGUAAUUAUUAAAAUUUACCUGACCUAAACUUUAUUCUUUAAUUGGAGCUAAUUUUGCUCGGUGUAAUUUAAGCGGAUCUGAAUUUGAUAAUGUUAAUAUUAGUGGGAUAAAUUUAAAUGGAGCUCUCUUAUUUAAUUGUAAAUGGAACAACUUAAGAAUUAGUGAAAUAAACUAAUUUAAUGGUCAUAAACGUUCAGUCAAGUCGGUCUGUUUUUCUUCAGCUGGUAAUAUAUUAGCCUCUGGUAGUUAAGAUUAGUCUAUUCGUCUAUGGGAUAUAAAAACAGGAUAAUAAAUAUCCAAAUUAGAUGGUCAUAUUGAUGAUAUUAGAUCAAUUCGUUUCUCUCCCGAUGGAAAUACAUUAGCAUCUUGUAGUAAUGAUAAAUAUAUCAGACUAUGGGAUGUUAAGACUAAGAAAAAAAAAGCCAGAUUAGAGGGUCAUACUAAUGAUAUCAACGAAGUAUGUUUCUCUCCUGAUGGAAACACCUUAGCAUCUGGUAGUCGAGAUCGCUCUAUCCGUCUAUGGGAUAUUAAAACAGGACAAUAAAAAGACAAAAUAGAUGGUCAUGAUCAUUUUAUUUACUCAGUAGGUUUCUCUCCUGAUGGAAAGAACUUAGCAUCUGGUAGUAGAGAUCAUUCUAUCCGUUUAUGGGAUAUUAAAACUGGACUAUAAAAAGUAAAAUUAAAUCACACUCAUUAUGUUUACUCAGUCUGUUUCUCUCCUGAUGGAAAUACAUUAGCAUCUGGUUGUGGUGAUAAUUCUAUCCUGCUAUGGAACAUAAAAUUAGGAUAAUAAAAAGCCAAGUUUAAUGGUCAUACUCAUUUUGUUUAUUCAGUCUGUUUCUCUCCUGAUGGAAAUUUAUUAGCAUCUGGUAGUUAUGAUAAAUCUAUCCGUGUAUGGGAUAUUAAAACAGGAUAAUAAAAAGUCAAAUUAGAUGGUCAUACUAAUGAUAUCAACUAAGUAUGUUUCUCUCCUGAUGGAAACACCUUAGCAUCUGGUAGUAGUGAUUAUUCUAUCCGUUUAUGGGAUAUAAAAAUAGGAUAAUAAAAAGCCAAAUUGGUUGGUCAUUGUGGUACUGUAAACUCAGGAUGUUUCUCUCCAGAUGGAAGUACUUUAGCAUCUGGUAGUACAGAUAAUUCUAUCUGUUUAUGGGAUAUUAAAACAGGAUAAUAAAAAGCCAAAUUGGUUGGUCAUUGUGGUACUGUAAACUCAGCCUGUUUCUCUCCUGACGGAAGUACAUUGGCAUCUGGUAGUAGCGAUACUUCUAUCUGUUUAUGGGAUAUUAAAACAGAAUAAUUAAAAGCCAAAUUAGAUGGUCAUACUCAUUAUGUCUAUUCAGUUUGUUUCUCUCCUGAUGGAAGUACAUUAGCAUCUGGUAGUAGAGAUAAUUCUAUCCGUUUGUGGGAUGUAAAAACAGAAUAGGAAAAAGCCAAAUUAGAUGGUCAUACUCAUAAUGUCUAUUCAGUUUGUUUCUCUCCUGAUGGAAAUGCAUUGGCAUCUAGUAGUGGUGAUUGUUCUAUCCGUAUAUGGGAUCUAAAAAUAGAAUAGGAAAAAUUGAAAUUAGAUGGUCAUACUAGCAUUGUCUACUCCAUUUGUUUCUCUCAUGAAGGAAAUUUAUUAGCAUCUGGUAGUAGCGAUAAGUCUAUCCGUUUUUGGGAUGUAGAAACAGGAUAGGAAAAAGCCAAAUUAGAUGGUCAUACUCAUUAUGUCUAUUCAGUUUGUUUCUCUCCUGAUGGAAGUACAUUAGCAUCUGGUAGUAGAGAUAAUUCUAUCCGUUUGUGGGAUGUAAAAACAGAAUAGGAAAAAGCCAAAUUAGAUGGUCAUACUCAUUUUUUUUAUUCAGUCUGUUUCUCUCCUGAUGGAAAUACAAUGGCAUCUAGUAGUGGUGAUUGUUCUAUCCGUUUUUGGGAAAUAAAACCAGGAUAACAAUUUCAGUCUUUAGAUAAAAAUUGCAAAGAUGGUUUAAUAUAAUUGUAAACCUCACUCUUUUAAAAUAAUCCUCUUUCAUAAGGUAGUUUUACUCUAUUUCAUAUUUUUAGUAUCCAAUUAUAUUUCUACUCUUCUUAUAUCUUAAUCCGUAAUAUUUUAAGCGAAAGGAGCGAUAGUUUUAAAAGGAGAAUUCCUUAAUUAUUAAGGCGUUGAUUUAUGUUAAUUAUUAAAAGUAAAAGGUAGUUGUAUUUUGGAAAAAUAAUCUGAAUGCAAUUGGAAGUGA